GCUCCUCGCACUGGGAGGGGGAACCUGCUGCUGCUGCAACCAGCGCUCCACAGCCGCCGCUGCUCCUCGCUCGUCCCUGCUGGUGAAUUUCCUGGCCGCUCGCUCCAUGCAGCUCCUCCAUUGCGGAAGUGUGGCGGGGGCAGCCUGAGGAGCGGCGUACCGGCUGGGCUGGCCCUUGGUGCGCCCGGCUCCCCGCGCUGGAGGGUGCUGCGGGGGCGGCCGGCGGGAGUAACAUGCUCACUCGGGUGAAGUCUGCCGUGGCCAAUUUCAUGGGCGGCAUCAUGGCUGGCAGCUCGGGCUCGGAGCACGGCAGCGGCUCGGACUUGCCCCUGCGCUUCCCCUACGGGAGACCCGAGUUCCUGGGGCUGUCUGCGGACGAGGUCGAGUGCUCCGCCGACCACAUCGCCCGGCCCAUCCUCAUCCUCAACAAGGAGACCAAGCGCCUGCCCUGGACCACGGGAUACGCCGAGGUAAUAAAUGCAGGGAAGAGCACACACAAUGAAGACCAAGCAAGUUGUGAAGUGCUUUUUGUAAAGAAGAAAACUGGAGGCACCAAUUCCACACCAAAUAAAAACACGUCCACCAAACGAAGAUCCUCAUUGCCAAAUGGAGAAGGACUACAACUGAAAGAAAACUCGGAAAAUGAUGGCAUCAAUUUGUACUACUGGUCACUGUUUGACGGACAUGCUGGAUCUGGGGCAGCUGUUGUAGCAUCCAAACUGCUUCAUCACCAUAUUGUGGAGCAGCUGCAGGAGAUUGUGGAGAUCCUGAAGAACUCUGCUGUCCUUCCCCCAACCUGCCUAGGAGAGGAGCCAGAAAGCAUGGUCACUAACAGCAGAACUCUAACCAGGGCAGCCUCCCUGCGUGGGGGGGUUGGGGCUCCGGGCUCACCCAACACCCCUCCAACACGCUUCUUUACAGAGAAGAAGAUCCAACAUGAGAGCCUUGUUACUGGAGCUAUUGAAAGCGCAUUCAAAGAAAUGGAUUUACAAAUAGAGCGAGAGAGGACUGUUUACAGUAUAUCUGGUGGCUGCACAGCCCUUGUUGUUGUGUAUAUGCUGGGGAAGCUCUACGUGGCAAAUGCUGGUGACAGUAGGGCCAUAAUAAUCAGGAACAAAGAAGUUAUUCCAAUGUCUUCAGAAUUCACUCCUGAGACUGAGCGUCAGCGACUACAAUAUCUGGCUUUCAUGCAGCCCCACUUGCUGGGUAACGAGUUCACACAUUUAGAGUUUCCAAGGAGGGUGCAGCGUAAGGAAGUUGGGAAGAGGAUGCUCUACAGGGACUUUAACAUGACUGGCUGGGCAUACAAAAGCAUUGAAGAGGACGACUUGAAGUUUCCCCUUAUAUAUGGAGAAGGCAAGAAGGCUCGUGUCAUGGCAACUAUUGGAGUAACUAGAGGACUUGGAGACCAUGACCUGAAGGUGCAUGACUCCAAUAUCUACAUCAAACCUUUUCUGUCCUCAUCUCCCGAGGUGAGAGUCUACAAUCUUCUGCAGCAUGAGCAUGGACCAGAGGAUGUGCUGAUCUUAGCUACCGAUGGACUCUGGGAUGUAUUAUUAAAUGAAGAAGUGGCAGAAGCUGUCACAAACUUCCUACCAAACUGUGACCCUGAUGAUCCCCACAGAUACACGCUAGCAGCUCAGGACCUGGUGAUGCGAGCCAGGGGAGUGCUGAAGGACAGGGGCUGGAGAAUAUCCAACGACAGACUGGGCUCAGGAGACGACAUUUCUGUCUAUGUCAUUCCUUUAAUACAUGGAAAUAACUUGUCAUGAAAGUAGCACUGACAAUGAUAAUGGGAGGGUGGUCUUUUUAGGAAGAGCCUUUGAAAAGACAUGAUGUUCAGAUCUGACCAGGACAGUUCUGAUUGAUGUAAUUUAAUCUAAACUCAUGCUGGAAGGCGAUGUUUCUGCCCAAAGGUAGGGCUCUGCACAUAUCCUGUACACGAUUAAAGGUAUCUCUUAAGGUUACAGCUUCCCUAUAUUAAUGGUUUUUGGUGCUUAACAGGAAUGGACUUAAAUGCUGGUAAUAUGUUAUGGAUUGAUGGUUCCCUGUAUUGUCCCUCCAAGUGAGGACCCCAUUGUGACCUGAAACAGGACUUAAUCUUUUUCAGUUUACCAUGUGGCUUGAAACAGCCAUUUUCAAUUUUGAAAAUAGAAACAGGGAUUGAAAGCCAGUGAGGCUCUCAACAUCCCCAAGAUGACUGAAGUCAUGGCCUUGGGAUGGGUCAUUUAAAAAAAAAAAAAAAAGUUAAAACUUGAUCUGACACUUGACGUUAUUGGUCAUUACGAGUAAUUGUCAUUCUUUUUCCAUUGUCAUUCUUUUUCCAAAAUUGUACAUGUAUGAUUGAAUUCUCAUUUUUCCCACUUAAACCCCCUUCAGAACUCUCUGGAGACUUUACAGGUCCUUAUUUCACACGUUUUGGUGGCAAAACCAAGACUGUCCUUGUGACUUGGUCUAACUCACCACAGCCAAGCCAUCUGCAAAAAUUGCCCUGGCGAGUAGGGCACAUUGUGUCGUUACAAGAAUAAAUCUUGCAACAGGAAUUUUGUCAAGAUUUCCUUUGAUGUGUAACCAUGAUGUACCAGAUCUUGACUUGAUGCAGAGUUCCUCUGGAAGCCAAGGUUUCUUUGGGUCGGGCUACCCUGCAGCUCAGGUAGACUGACUCGUGCUAGCAGGGCUCGAGGUAGUGCACUAAAAAUAGCAGGAUCAACAUUUCAGCUCAGGCUGGAGUUUGAGCUCUCAAGUCUAAGAGGUCCGUGGGCUUGAGAGGCUGAGCUCCAGUCUGAGCCACAAUGUCCACAUUCCUAUUUUUAGCACUCGAGCUUGAGUCCGUCUGCCCAGGCUGGGAGGCUUGCUCCUCGCUGGAGAGUAGACGUACCAUUUGGGACCUAGGAUUUUCAUUAUUUGGCUGGUUCUGUCUGCUUUAUGAUGCAUCCUGUUGAAAAGAUCACUGGACAUACAGUUUAGCGAUCAGUGUUCAGUAAAUGUAUUUUGUCUUCGGAGUUUGGGUUUAAUUGGGUGUCUAUGGUAAAUGUUAUUGUUCUAGUUAUUAACCCAGAAAUACAGAUAGCAACCUUAUUGAAAAGCCUUUCACUUCUGUCUCCCUUAUUAUUCAUCAUAAAAGCCCUCUGCCCUGCCCCCAUCAUCAGAGUCCCAUGCUCAGAAGGUGGCAACACACUCAUAACUCUGCACCUUUUGGUACCAGGGGUCGAGGAUUAAUGCGUUAGUGGAAGUCCUUGGCUUGCUUGGUCUCCUCUGCCAGUUGCACUCACUUGAUGUUAAGAAAAAUCUCUCUAAAUAAGAUACCAGCGUAGAAGCAACAGUGCAACAGGAAACCAUUCAGGCAAAAUGCAGUGCAAACAUAGCCAGUGUAGUGCAAUAAUUGGAGGUGUGAUUUGCAGUUCAUGUAGCCAUACCCACGCUAGCCUUAAUCUAACUAAUCUGGCUAAAAACAGCAGUGAGCUUCAGCGUGGGCUAGCAAUGCCAGGGUGUGCCCAGAGGUCCCGGGGAGCUUGGACAGCCUCUGCUGACACCCACACUGCUGCGUCUUAACUGUUAUUGGGACCUGGGCUAGCUAGAUGGUUAUGGCUCCACAGACCGCAAAGCACAGCUCCGAUUGCAAUGCAGACAUAGCUGCAGUUACUGGUCUAUAAACAUAGAACUCUCUUCACUGCCAGUGAUUUCAAUCCUUUUUUUCAGAAUCUGCUAACAGAUAGCUGGGUCUUCAUGGCUAGCGAGCUCCCUAACUGUCUACUGCUGGAGCUGCUGAUCCCAGUUUGUAAAUAAAAUUGGCUAGCUAGGAGAAAUGCAGUUGACAUAAUCCUAUAAAUAUGGGAGAGCUAACUAGACACCUCACAAAUGGUAAGUUUGUCCCAAAGGAGAAAGUGCCCGCUUUAACAAGUGGAUGCCGCGUCCUUUGCAUUCCCUGAGGUGGUCACAUUUUCUUCUAAAUAGGACAGGCCUGGAGCCUUCCAACGGAGUAAUUUAUUAUGUGCUACGUAAACAAGGUACCGUGUGUUUUCAGUGAAGCUCAACAGGUGUUUAGUUCAAUCCGUGGCACUACAAGGGCUGCUAUGCCACUUUGAUGUGCAAGUACAACAAUCCCAGUGCACCAGACUUAAAAGCCCCUCCCUGUCAAUAGUAAGCAGGAGUUCCAAGUUGAAACGAGACAGUGCUGUGUGGAUAAUUUGGCUCAAACGUGCCCCAAGUGUAUGAUUGUAGCCUGCAAACCGUUCCAUGGAUUCCACAGUGCCUGCGUGUGAUAGCACUGCAGAAAACACGGCUGGUUCACAAUCCAGAGCCUACAUAAAUCAGCAGCAUAUCUGCUUAUGUAUUGCUGUGCUUUACCUUUUUUGCCCUUACCCCUUUUUCUUUAUGCAAAUGGAAAGAGAGAUGCAGAUUUGAAAUCUCACUGAGUCUAGAACAUUUUCCACAUAAUCUCUCAUAUGUUUUAUAGUUUAAGCAAGAGCUUUUUCCUCAUGCACCUAUUUAUUUUUUCUUUGUUUGGCCUAGUAAACUUAUCCAUGUACUUUUUCAUGGGUUUUGUAGCUGUGUAGUCCUCAAUGAUUCAGUUCACUUAAAUCAGGAGAGAAACAAUGGCAAAUCCUUUUGAGCGGUACUAACAGGAGGGAGCACUGGUACAUCUCAAGAUAAUGCCUAUGGUACUGGCUGUGAGCCUGAUUGAUACAAAUGCAAUGCCAGUGUGUUAUCCUUGAUUUUAGUUAGAAGCAUGGUGUCUACAGCUGCCAUCAUUCAGAAGACAGGAAGAAAGAUCUUUGAAUUGAAACUCAUUCAUCUGCAGUGCAAUAUGUGACUCUGCAUUACAGCAAGAUUUAGAGUAUUCCUGUCCUUAAACUGCAAUGGAAAAAUAUACCUUCCCAUUUAACAGCCUUUUUAAAAGUAACCUUAAAAGUGUUUGGCACCAACAGUGAGGUGCAUAAAUCAAAAGUAGCAAAAUGACUCUUAGCAAAAUCUUCCCAGCAUUGCUAUUGCUUUGUGAAUUGAGCUCAGUAGGUUUUCUUGUUUUUUCAUUCAGACUUCCACCACCAUUCACCUCAUCCCUCUGCAGCUAGCAUGUCUAGAUCAUGGUGUUGGCUUCCAGAGCACUUCCUGGAAAGGCCAAAAGCACGUCACUCAGAACACUGAGAAAGAAAACAGAGACUCUCGAAUUCUGUGCAAACUGAAUUGCAGUCAAGUCCUUGUUUUAAUGAGCUCUAAGGAUGUUCUAGUUUAAUAAAAAGCUUCCCAGUCAAACAUAAGUUUACUGUAAUUGUGCUGGUGUGUUUUGUUUUGCUCUUCAUUCAAAACCUCUUAGGCAUGCACAUGCUUUCCUUGUGAGAAAUGUCUGCCCAAUAUAACGUGCUCUGAUACAAUGCUGUCGUAGCCUGGCUUUUAGUAUAAAUACCUUCUUACCACCUCUGUAUAGCAUUCCAUACUUUUCUCCAAAAUGUGAUGCUUUUAGGAGGCAGGAGAAUAUUUAGGAGUGGGGGAGAAUUAUUGAAAAGAUAUUCAAGUACAUCUUGUUUUAUCAUAGACUCUUGCUUCCGUUUGUAGAUUUCAGCAUAUUAUGGGUCACAGCAGCAAACAUUUCUGAAGGCAAGUAGAAAGCUUUGAAAAUUUUCUUCCCACCUAUGACCACUGUUGUGUGCAUGCCAUUUUCCAGCAAGAAGAUUUUGUGCCUUAAAGGCACUACUUCAGUAAUAAGGCACACUCCAUUGGGACAGCAAAUCUCAGUCCCUGUGCCCCAAUACCCACAUGCGCCCAUAAGGGAUCAGCACAUAGAAAAGCUCUCAUUUUGAUAGAAUAUUUGACAUGCAGGAAUUGGACUGCCUAGGAAUGAUCAACUAUGGUAAUAAUCCUGCUGUGCCAAUCAAUAAUGCUGCUUCACAAUGCUAUCCCCCUCCAAUCAAGCAGUACUAUUUACAAAAUCAGGCAAGUCAUCAAAUCAUAGACUAAUACAAAUUAUAUAUGGAAAAUGACUAAUAAAUCAUCUAGUCUAUCUCUUCUGCAAAUGCUGGAUAACUCCCUAAGCUUUUUUCCCAAGUGCUUGCGCCAGUCUUAUUUUAAACAUCCCAAGCAAAGUGACUUCCUCUAUUCUCCUUUGAAUACUAUUCCGUACGCUAAUACAGCUGCCUCUCAAACUUUCUCCUGCCUAUGCGGCCAAAAAUUUCUCUUGCUUAAUUUAAUGGAAAGCCCAGAUAUUUCACUAGGUAACCAACAGAGUUACAUUCUCUGAGUGAAUACAUAAUCAUACCACCUGAGAGAGCUCGUUGUCAAUAGCCCCUGCACCAGAAAAGAGAGAGAUUUCCUAAUAAAUUGAAAAGCAACAAGGCUGCCUGUGUAAAGCAAACGUGGUUUUUAGGCCACGGGACUGACAAGAAAUUAUUUACAUGAUCAAAUGCGAUUAAAGCGGUCUCUGAAUUACUGUAGUAGCUAUGUCUUGUCUCCUUGCUGAUUUGAAGCACAACACUUACAAUAUCUGGACAGGUUUUGGCUUUGAACUGUACUUGUACAUAGACUUGGUUUUAAAGGACACUACGCAACCCAGCCAACUCUGUCCUAUUUGUUCUUGCCUUUUUUUGCACACAUGACAUCAUGGCUUGUAUCUAACAUGAAUUCCAGACUCUGGUAAUUUCUUUCCACAACAUUCUAGAUGUGUAAAUAACUUUUUGUUCUAUCUGGCUCUUAGAUGUAGAUAUAGUAAUGUGGCUAUCAUAUAGACAGUGACCAAACAAUGCUGUAACUGUGCUGCUGUUUUCUACCUGUGAUGUACUUGAAGGAGGCUCCUUUGUCAACCUCCACCUUUUUUGUUCUUCCAUGGGUACUUUAUUUUACUACUUUUUUUGUUUCUUAAAUUUGGUAGCCGUCACUUUCCUCUUUCCGUCAUUAGCAUAUUUUGAGGAAUGUUUGAUUGUCUUAACUUUGUAUAGCCCAAACAAAGAAGAAUCUGUUGGAGGAAGAUGUUUUGGACCAAUGUACUUUUGCUUUGUGACUGUGAAAUGUUACCUUUUUUGUAACCCGAGAACAAAAAAUGUUUAGUAAAAAAUAUUUUGUGGGGGGUUUUGAAACUUUUAAGUGCAAUGAAAAAAAAAAAGAGGAUGUUGAAGAAAUGUAUGCGCAAAGAAGUUUUAAAAUAAAAAAAUAAAUUAUAUAUAUAUAUAUA